AUGUCCUUCCCAACCUCCUACCACGCCGACUCUGACGCGGACGAUGAAUAUGAACGGAGCGUUGUCAUGUCGCCGCAUCUUCCCACGGACUCCGAAGCUUCUCCCACAGACACCGAUAUUCCAUCAUCAGAACACACGCCGACCAAAUUUGGCUAUGGUGAUGGCCCUCGCUCUCCACGAUCAAUUAUCUCGGAAUGGACAAUCGACGAAUGUGUGGAGUUUAUGACGUCCCUUGGGUUACUUCAAUACUGUGGCACGUUUCGAGAAAAUGCGAUUGUUGGCGAAGCGCUGAUUGCGCUCAAGCACGAUGAACUGAAAGAAAUGGGAAUCAACAGUGUCGGCCAUCGGUUGACGAUUCUGAAGAGUGUAUAUGAAAUUAAAACCAAACAGAAUGUGCCCUUCGAUGUCGACCAUUAUAUCCCUCUCUCGGCGGACCAAAGCAUGAAUGAAAACGCAACUCAAGAUGACCUGGCUCGCUUGAUCCAAUCAAUUCGGGUCCGCGACGAAAAAAUUGUAUCAGUCGAGACAGAGAUGCGCCGGCUUGCCGACGAUUAUCGGCGGUUGCGGGAGGAAAUAUUGCCCGUCAUCAAGAUCGCAAAAGAUCGAUCGCAACCACUGCCUCCCCCUUCCUCGUUAGGACAACCCUUAGACACGCAUCACCACGACAGUCAGACCCUCACCUCGCCAUCUCAACUCACCCUUGUCGACAAUUCCACAACUUCAAAGCUCGCCCGCGCUUUCUCAAAGCGCACUUACGGAGGCUUGACUCCCAAGAAUACUUCGCCAACCCAUAUCCCGCCUUCGAUUCAGGAAGGACGCAGUUACCACGAUACUUCAACCUUGGAUCCGUCAACCGCCGCUUCAUCCCAUCUUACAGCUUCAAUGAACGGGGGGCUACGGCAUUCGCCAGGAAUCCCCUCACCAACCUCGCCGAGUACACUUCAUCCCCAACAUCAGACACUCAACCCACGAUCCUACUCGCAGCCAAGCUCAAACAAUCCCAGCCGUAACACAUAUGAUCACGGCGAAGAGACACCCAUCGCUCAAUCUCGAUCAGAACGGCUAACCACCGGUCCACCGCCAACAGCCCGCACUGAGACCCCUUCUUCGGCAUCACGAAUUGAAUCGCGGGGCCCUGGCGAACCAUCGAGCGUGGAAAUUUUCAAGUCAUUCCGCGUCUCUUGGGAUGACCCGUGCUACAAAGUCCUUCCCGCUGCGCUGAAGAAAUACAACAUCAACUCAGACUGGAAAGGCUACGCUCUCUAUAUUGUGUAUGGGGAUCAAGAGCGAUGUCUGGCCAUGGAAGAGAAGCCUCUGAUCCUCUUCAAGCAACUUGAGAGGGAAGGGCGCAAGCCGAUGUUUAUGCUGCGGAAGAUCCAUAUGGAUCCUGCUACCUAUCCCCCAGGUGCUGGUGGCUCUGCACCCAAUAGCGCCGGGUUUGAUGGAGGUCGACAAGCGCAGAUCAAUUUACCAGGCGGUGUUCUGUGA